AUGUCCUCUACCAGAUCUCUCGACAAGGAAGCCAUUGAGCCAGCUGAUCGCUCCGUUGGCAUCAAUGAACCGGAUUCAGUUCCUCCCUCCCAUUUCUCCUCCAAAUUCCAAGAGGCCCUGUUCAUCCUCGUGAUUGGCAUGUCGCAGCUCUUCUCAGUCGGAGGUCUUGGAAACACGGCGUUUUCGGUGCAACAAAUCGGGCAUGCCCUCGAUGCGACCAGCAAUGGACAAAUGUCGUGGUUCCUUGCUUCAUACUCACUCUGCGGUGGUGUCUUUGUCUUGGUGACUGGACGACUGGGUGACCAUUUCGGCCAUAAGAACCUCUUUCUCUUUGGCUGGAUCUGGAUGGCCAUUUGGUCUCUGGUCAGUGGCUUUGCGAAUAAUGUUAUUCUCUUCGACUUUGCUCGUGGUAUGACGGGUAUUGGCAAUGGCGCGCUGGUCCCCAACUCGUUUGCCCUCCUGGCGCGAGCCUUUCCACCCUUCUCAGCCAAGAAGAACAUUGCUUUUGCCUUCCUCGGCUUCUGCGCGCCCUCCGGCUAUGUAUUCGGUGGUCUAAUUGGCGCUGCCUUUGCUGAAAAUGUCACAUGGCGAUGGGGGUACUGGUUUUGGGCGAUUGGCUGUCUCGUGCUGGGUAUUGCGACCUAUGUCGUUGUCCCUCACCGUGUUGGAUCUCCUAUCCCGGGACUCAGCAUCGGGAAUUUCGACUAUAUUGGCGCCUUUUCUGGCGUUUCCGGCCUCAUACUCUUUUGCUUUGCAUGGAGUCAAGCAUCCGUGGUCGGUUGGAACGAGCCUUAUACAUACGCCCUCCUUAUCGUGGGAAUCAUCUUUAUCGUGGUCUUUGGCGUCUCUCAAUCAUACGUUGCAGCGCCAGUCUUGCCCAACACGCUCUGGACUCGCAAGGGAUUUUCUCCCGUCGUGAUCGCCAUGUCGUUUGGCUGGAUGUCGUUCGGUAUCUUCCUUUACUACACGACCCUCUUCAUUCUUACGAUCCACGAGGAACUCCCUCUCACGGCCGUGGCACAGAUGGUUCCUUUAGUCAUUGGCGGUCUCUUCGCUACCGCAUCAGUCGGCAUUUUCAUCGCAAAGGUACCCGCUCAGUAUAUAUUCGGUGUAUCAAUGUUCUCCUUCUUCCUUGGCAACCUUCUCAUGAGUUUCGCCAACUACUCAAGCACCUACUGGGCCUUUAUCUUUCCCGCGUGUCUCCUUGUCGUCGGGGGACCAGAUCUCUCGUUCGCAUCGUCUGGUAUCCUUAUCACUAAUGUGGUUUUACCUGAAGAGCAAGGUGUGGCAGGGUCGUUUAUCUCCACAGUGGUUCAGUACUCGAUUGCCAUUGGCCUUGGUAUUGCUGCGACGGUUGAGGGGCAUGUUGGUGGCGACGACGUGAUUCUGUCGUAUCGGGGUUGCUACUGGCUUGGGAUUUCUUUUGCAGCUGUUGCGUUUCUUGUGGUUGUUUUGUUUGUUCGUGAUCAUCGUUUUGAUGAAGCGAAUGCGAAGGGGGACCGGGAGUAA